AUGCCUGAGCCAAAUCAAUUUACUUCGCCUGCUCACAUAUUUCUCGAAGAAGAAGUCUACCGACUCGGCACUUCCCCUGGCCUCCGAUCCCUUCCGCCGGGACCCUCACGCGACUUUGUUGUGAUGAGCUGGGGCCCAAUCAUCUAUCGAACAUGCUAUAAGUCUGACACAAAACACCUCUUACCAAAUUUCCUACGCUAUUUGAACGAUGCGAUUAGCAGAUCGUUAGGCCAAACCCUGACAGGCUCCGAGGAACAACUCCAAAUUUUGAUCAAAACCUACUCGUCAAAACUAUUCAGUGCUCACGAACAUUAUGCAGACCUUAACGAAGAUGGAGUUCGUCAGGCAUUUCAUGAUUACAAAGUGACAUUAUCUAUUCCGGCGACAGAACUCCCGAGCAGGCUCCGCGCAUGCUUGAUGGUUGAUGAUGCGGUGUUUUCGCAAUUAAAAGCUAUUUCGGAUCUGUGCAGCACUAUGGGGAAGGAUAUGGAUCUUUCUCGGUGUUGGGUGAAAGUUGUUGAAGAUAAUUUUCCCGAUUUGAGGCUUGGGGAACGGCCAUAUGUUGUUAAAUCUACGAAGGACAAAUUUGACGGAGAAGACGAUUUUCGAGGGGUGGACUACGGUGGGGCUUUCGGCUCUUGUUGA